UCGAAAUCAGCAACAACAGAAAAAUUCUUGUAUACGUUUUUCAACGGUCACACCGAACUGCACGCAGUGGAAUCAAGCACGGGAAUUGUGAAAACUACAAUUUAUGAAAUUAUUGUGAAAAUAAAACAAAACUAAAAGAAUAAAAAAUAUUACAAAUUUAUUGUGUGAAUAAUUAUAAAAAAUUUACAUAGAAAUCUAAUAUAUUUUGGAAUAAAUCUUUUUGUUCAUGGAAUUAAAUUGAGUUGAAAGAAAAACAAAAUUUUUCAAAACAUUGAUUCCAUCUUCAACACUGCCUUUAAUGCCAAAAUACUCCUAAAUCAGUUCCGAUUUUUUCAACCCUUCCAACUCCGAAAGAGAGAGAGAGAGAGAAAGAAGCAAUAAUUUCAAAGACUUUUCUUUAGUUUAAGUUAAACGUGCAUUCGGCGCAUUCAAAAAAAUGGUUUUACCAUUUGGACUAUCCUCUGAUGGCCAACAUAAUCCAGAGAGUAGCGGGAGUGUUAGUGGCAGCGGUGUCGAUACUAUUACCUCAAGUCGAACAGCCGCUUAUACACCAACAGCACCGCCAUAUUUUAUGAGAGCCCAUACGAAUGUCUCAACAGGAAUACCAAUAAUACCCAGUCCCUACAUUGAUUUUAUUGUGGUCAAUGGUGAUGACCGUUCGAUGAUACGUUGUGAACGUAAAGCCGUGUUGGAGAAUAGUGUAGAGUUGGCCAAAUUGAUACAUGCUGGACCGAAUAGUGGACGCAAAGGUGAUAAUCAUUUUCAGAUCUCAAAUGUAGAUAAACAUGAUUUUGAACUUGUCAUACGAUUUUUGGAAACAAAAUUUGUCAAAUAUCGCGAUCAUUUGCAUAUUUUGAAAAUAUUAGAAUUGGCUGAUCGUUACAAUUGUCCCGAUUUGAUUAUACACUGCAUUCGUGAAUUGGAUCUGCAACUGAGCAGUGCCACAGUUGUUGAUGUUUUUCGUUCGCUAUGGUUCUAUCAAGGCAUGACAUCAAACAAUCAACAUCAAUUGGGCGCCGUCAUAACAACGCAAGACACAUCAGCUAGCAAGAAAAUCAAGCGUAAAGCCCAACAGGCAGCUGCGGCUGCGAAUGCCAAUGCAAAUACUACAAAUUCCAAUACUAAUUUAAAUUCAUCGAAUAUUCCCGCCCCUAAUCCGAAUCCAUUCACUGCAGAAGACUAUGGUGUUGCCCUAUUGAAUAACGCUCUCCAGCUGAUCGAUAUGCACGCUGAAUUGAUUCUAACUAAGCCAGAAAUGACUGAAUUACGUUUUGAAGAAUUGGAAAUGAUUGCAAAACGUGAUGCUCUACAAUUAAGUACAGAGUUGACACUAUUCACCUGCCUCGCUGAUUGGAGUGUAGCGGAGUGUAAACGUAAAAAACUAGAUGCCACUUCCGAGAAUAGACGACGGGUAUUAGGCCCAUUAUGUUUGACGCCUCGUUAUUGCUUAAUGAGUGCCUCCGAAUUCCGGAAGGCUUGUGAUCGUGUUGAAUUAUUGAAUCCAUUAGAAACAUCACUAGUUAGUGAUUGUAUUGAAGGCAAAAAACUUAAAAAUCUAACACCGGAGCAAAGUCAAUUAAUGGAAAAAUUCCGUACACCAAGACCAGAAUUUGCCAAAAUGCCAAUACAUUUAAGUGAUCGCAGUAAUCCGAAAAAUUAUCCCAAGAAAAUGAGACGAGCCGAAAAAGGAUCUUCUGAGGAAAGCUGCUGGGAAAAUUUCGGCUUAAAUUGUUUGGCCGUAUUUGCCUGUAUAUUCGAUUGAGACUAGUUAUUGCUCCCACAGCGUUGGGUUCCUAUUACGAAUUUCACACUUAACUGAACUUGCAAUUAAUAUUUAUUUAUAAUUUAAUUCAUUUUGCAAAGUCCAUAACGCUACUAGUCCAUGAAGCCUUAUAACAACCACUACAAAAAUAUGAUUAAUUUAAAGGUGACAAGCAAUGAAUUUUAAAUACGCAACAAAUAUGUAUGUAUAAAUUGUUACAGAUUUGUGGAAGCUGAUUUUAUUGUUAUUUGAAGUUUUUAAAUAAUUUUUAGUUGAAUAUAUAAAUUGCAAAUUUAUUUAUUUAAAUCGAAAGAAUUGGAUAUAGUGAGCUGUCACAAUUAAAAUACCAAUAUGUUAUCUGUUUAAACUAAAUAUACAUAGUAUAUAGAUACUGAAAUUAUAUUUAUAUACAUACUUAUGUCUGCAAAUUUCUCCAAAAUAUAAUUAUUUAUUGUACAAGUAUUCAUAAACGGAAUUUACUCGCGAUAAAAUAAUGUUUGGAAAUAAUUCUGGAGAAUUACAAUCUCAGUAAAUGUCUGUACGUUUGAGAUAGUUUGAUUCUUCUUUUAUAAAGUUGUUAUCCGAAUUGAGUAUUUAUUUUCCUUUAUUUUGAGUUUCAGAAUACUUAACAGAUAUUAACUUUCUAAUUUAAUAGUAACAGAAUCUUAAGUUCAACUAAACUUUCUUUACAAAAAUAUAUGAGUUUGAGACUAAAUAUAUAAUCUAGUCUAUUUCUAUCUGAAACAAUAUUAGUAAAUCAAUAGCUAAUUAUUAAUAUACACAUUUAAACAGAGAGAAUAUAAAAGAUAAAAUCAUUUCCAUUGGAGUUUGAUUUAAGUUCUUAAAAUCUUAUUUUAAAUUAUUGUAAAAAUCGGACAUUUGGGUCAUGCUCGCAUAAAAGGUGCUUUAGAAAAUGGCCGUAAUGUUUGAAAUAAAUAAGUUUUAAGUGAAUCUUAAUGAAUCUUUCUAGCAAAGUUUAUGAGUGUCGUUCCAAAUUUGGAAAAGCCUUAGUCAUUUCUUAAAUUUAAAUUAAUGACUUCUUCAAAAAAAUGCAAUUACCGUAUUAAAUUGAGUCCUCAUACCUCUGUUCAAGACUGGCUUACAUACAUAAUUUAUUUUUUUUUUUUUUAAUUUUACUUCAAAUUACGUGCUGUUCUGAAGUCGUUCAUAUAGUUUUAUCUAUUUUCGACGUUUUUUUUGGUAAAUUUCAAAACUAAAGCUCAUGUUUUCACGAUUAUUUCAUACAAAAACAUUCGUCAUGCUAAAGUCUUUCAUAUAGAUUUAACAAACUUCAAAUAUGGCCGACUAAUAAAGUCGAAAGCCUGAGACCGGGUUAGACGUUUCUAAAUGAUUAAGCCGUAAAGAUGGCGUACAACAUAAAAUGUUGUAUGCCAUCUUCGAGAUACCUGAACCUAAAUCUUGAAAAGUCAUGUUUUUCGGUAUAUUCAUGGUAUUUAUACCCAACCACUUUAGUGGGGAGGGUAUAUUGGAUUUGUGCUGAUGUUUGUAACAUACAAAAAUAUUCGUCCUAGACCCACCUUAAAGUAUACCAAUCGGCUUAGAAUCGUUUUCUGAG